CCAUCAAUGGAUCGCUCUAAUAAUUUAAGAAGGUUGGUGAGGGGCUGUAUCAUGAUCUCUUUUUCAACCUGUUUGACAGUGUUGACAAGGUUCCAGUCUUCAUGUGGUAAACACUGAUUUUAAAAUGUGCCAUUAAUUUAACACCUAACUUGUUAAUUAUUAAAUGUUAGGUUUAUUAUUGUAUUACUAUCUCAUUUAAGACUACAAAUUUAUUUUAAGUGAUUGUAUUGAGAAAAAAAUUGGAUGGUAAACUGAGUUGAAAAUUUCCCUCUGAAGCUUCAUAUUGGUUUUGUUCUGUUUACAUUUUUACACAUAUAACUUCUGUCUUCACCAAGACUCAGAUUCAUCUUAUAACCACAUUUUAAUUUUCCUACAUUAAUUAUGACUACUCUAUAUUGUCUUAUUAACAUCGAUGAUGUCAAUUAUAAGCUGACAAUGAAGUUGGAUGAUGAUCGAGUCAUCGGUAACUUUGAUGAUUUCCUUAAAGCUAUUGCUACAGACAAUGAUCCUGAUCUAAAAAAAUAUGAUUUUGGUCAAGAAUUUUUUAUAUUUGAGUUAUAUGAUAAAUCGUUAAACGAGUACGUGAGGAUCGAUGACGAUACAGAAUUCGAAAAUUUUUCUAAAGUAAGGGUGAAAAUUCUGGAUCCCAAUGAAAUUAUUACUGAACCAGAGCCACCUUUUAUAAAUGAAGAUGAGCUCACCUUCGCUGAAUUGGAGGAUUACAAAGACGAUGUAGAGUUAGUCGAAUUAUAUGCUCAAGCCCACAUUCCUGAUCCCGAUAUUAUAAAAAUAAUUGAUAAUUCUAACAUCACGGCUGAAACUUUUAGGGUAAACAAUGUCAGAAUAAAGAAACAAAUAGUAAAAACAGUGAUAAAGUACCAAGGAUUAUUCAAGGCUCCAGGGGCAGUGUAUGAGCAAUGUUGGGAAUUUAUUGUCAAUGACGUUCGUGAUAAUAUUGGCGAGAGAACCUUCAAGUUGAUUCGUGAUCGCAAUUAUAUUGGCUUUAAUCGUAUUUGGUUUAAAAACGUAGAAAAGGAAUUUCUCGCCUUGAUUGGACAAUACAAUCGGUUAUUAAGGAUGUGUCAGUGUUUAACCCCACAAUUGGCCGAAAGACUUUGGCCGUUCUUUAAAAUCUUCCACAAGUCUUUGCGGAUCGAGCAUAUUUAUCCAGAACGAGAGGCUAGUUUGAAGAUUAUGCAAAAAGAGUUCGAUAAUGCCAAGAAAAUCACUGUCCUUUAAUCGUUAAUAUAUUGGUCUCCAGCUAUUUUCACCUAGAUCAACAUAUAUACCCAUUCAAUCGCUUUCUUAUAACUUUAAAUAAUUUUCUUUCGACUGUAAAUCUAAUCACUCUGGUACAUCAACCACCAUCACAUUAAUAAUUUACUUGAAUCUCCCGGACCAGCGAAUUUGUGUUUUCACAAAUACACAAGUAUUUAUCUUAAGCGAAUAAAACUUUCAUUUGAUCUCAUGAUUCAGAGAUUUAAUAAAUUUUAAAAUUAAACUAA